AUGCCCCCCGGGCCUGGCCCCAGGACCCUGUUCUUCACCCUGCCGGACAUCGGCGAGGAGUGGGCCUCGGACGGCGACUCGGAGGACGGUGGAGAAGCAAGAGGACUGGCAGAAGGAUCUGGAAAGCACAGUUCCGUUGUGAAAAGCGAAGAUCCUUUACCUACACAUUUUACAAGAAAUGUGCAGAAAGCCAUUGAUAAAUAUGCCUGUGGAUCCGUAUCAUCGUUGCCAUCGAGUGGAAGGCCCACGCCUGCAGGUGCCCACAACUCUUGGUCUGGGUCUGGCACACAGACUUCCACCACUGGCUUAUCAACGGAGAGGAGCUCCAUUUACUCCUGGAGAGAUGACGAGUUUGACAAAGCCAAUGCGCAGAAAGUACAGCAGCUGUUCUGGGAGGUGGAAGAAAUGUUGUUCGAAGGGAAAGUAAGCCCUCAGACUCAGAAUCUGGUGGCCGAAUGCAGCGAGUGGGCAAGAAGAUCCCUCCACCUGAGAGUAUUAGGAAGACAGCUCAUAGUGCCGACUGAUGAAGGAUUCCAACAUUUCCAGGGCGAUGAGCCUAGUUCCACGGUCCACACACCCUUCCUGGAUGCCUGCGGACACAAGCACAGCAGCAGAGAGCUGUGCAUCUCUGGCUCUCAGAUACUCCCAGGGGUGUGCUCUGCCCCUGCACUGCCAGGCCCCGCCUGCACGCGGCCUGCUGACUGUUCGGCAGGUUCACCCCUGGAAGAAGAGGUUUACGAUGCGGAUGGAAAGAUGGAAGAAUAUUUUGCUUUUGACAGAAAAGAAGAGGGUGAUGAAUGUCUUGAACAGAAAUCAGUUCAUCGCCACAGGAUGAGGCAUAAACACGGACUUCCUCCCGUUUCUCCUCACGACUGUAUCAAAGAUGCGGUGGCUGCGGAAGUGUUUGAUCAUGUCUGGACAAAUGUGGUAGCACUGUUGGAAGAGCUGGUUAGAAAAAAUUGGGAAGUUACCCUCCCAGGAAAGAAACAGAAAGAAAAAUUGAAAGUAGCUGAGAAUAAAUCUCCACUUACACUCAUUUCUCGUACGAACACCGACGCGUCGAGUGUUCCCCCAUCCAGAAGCUCUGAAGCCCGAAGUAUAUCCCUGGCUUCUCAUCUUAAUCCACCUCAGGUUCAUCGCUUCUCCAACAACUUUUAUAGUGAUUUGAGUUGUGUGAUGACAAUUCAAGCAAAACCACUUCAGCAGAGACCUACCUGUUCUGCGGAUAGAACGCAGAAUGAACAAGAAGCCAAAUCACUGGGUGUGGGGGCCAGUGCUCCGUCUUUGGCCCGGCACCGUCUGGGACGAAUCUCGGAUGCUCGCGGACUCCACGCUUCCGCGAGGAAGACGCCUGCACAUCUGAGGCUGCCUUCUCUCACUUCAGACUCCCAGAGGAUGAAAACCCCCAGUGUGUGCAGCGAUGAAGUUCUAAGGGGAACAAAGCCGCAAACUGGCAUAGACCGGGGGUCCUCCCCACCAGCUCAGGCCUCAAGGAGCAGGUUACCCCCCAUAGGCUCAGAGGCUGGUGGGCAGAAUGUGGCAGUUCCUGGAUCUCGACCUCUUCCUUACAGAGGGAGGCAUUCACAGAACCGUGUGUUAAGUGCAGUACCUGACAGUUUGGAACGCUCGCCUCUUCGAGAAAGAUCUCUGACCGUGGAACAGUUUUCAAGACCCAGCACAACCCAUACAUUUCGGUUAGAUACUCCUCGAAAAGGUUCACUGACCCUGAUGGAAUUUGCUGGCCACACAUGGACAAGUCAGAGUCUGUUGACAGGUUCACAGUAUCCGCCUAAAUCUUUUCAGAGGACGACUCUGACGUCAAGGAAGAGAUUCCAAGUGGCAUCUUGACGGAACCAGGAGCAGCCAGUCUCAGCAUGCCAUUUUUCACACGAAUAAUGGAAGAACAAGUAUUCUAGUACGCAUCAGUUCGUCUGACAGCGGGACCUGAGCCCGUCUGAGAGAAAUGCAAGCACAUAAACAGCUUAGUUUUGCAUCCUUGCAUUGUAAAGAGACUCCAAGUCAAAUUCACCGACCUUCUUCACUGGAAGCGUUCGGAUCUAAUAGGUGUUUAUAAUCCAUCAUCUUAUGAAUCACACAUACACAGACACACACAUAAGCAGUGCAUGUAUUUACACACUCAACAGAUGAGAGGAUAUUACCUAGGAAUGGGCCAUUUUGUAACUUUGUGUCUUGACAUGCGUUUUGUGUCUCGUUCUGUGACUCAUCCACCCAAGUCCUGGUUACUAAUUGAUGUGAUGUCACUCCCUUCUUUAGAAAAUAGCAGAGCCAUCUUUGGUACAGUAUGGCAGUUUAUCUAAGAUUCAGAUUGUUCUGGGCGUUGUGCUGACUUUCUUACACCUUUGUAAAAAAUUUUUUAAUGUUUAUUUUUGAGACAGAGCGUGAGCGG